AAACACUUGUUUUACUGCUGAUCGCGACGCACGACGCGUCCAGCACAUCAACUUCCUAUUACUCGUCGGCGACAUGUCAGAACUGCUCCGCCGCUCGACCAUGCAACCUGCCACUGAUAUAUAUGGCAACACUCGGUCAGGCCUACCAAUGCCAUCAACAGCAAAGAAAGCAUCGUCGUCUGCUAUGCGCAUGUCGCUCGCUGGCCCAGCAGCCCGCACACCCUAUUUACCCCCGGGAGGUUCUAGCUCAAAUACAGGACAUUCUGCUUAUCGGUCGCAGAAUGUGAAUCCACUGCUACAAAGUACGAGUAAACCAAAUUAUGGGCGUACCCCUUUAACUAACUCCUCCAGGAGGGGUUCGGUAUGGACAGGUGGUGCGUCUCUUGCCCCUCCUUCCGGCAGUCAAACAUUCAAGGACCCACGACCAAUUCGCGAGCGCUCAUACCAAUCGAAAAUGAAACAAGAGAUAUACUCUUGGCUGCAAGCGACAGAAUUCGACAUCUCUAUGCAAACGCUAUCGAACAUCACCGGCAAAGAUUUUCGAGCCAUGUUCCAACAUCUUGUGACUAUCGUGGAUCCUGGAUACCCGUUUGAUUCUCGCCUUCGCUUCGAGGAUGAAUUUCAACCCGCUCUCAAAGCCCUGCGAUACCCGUUUGCUGCACAAAUUGACAACAAAUGGCUGGCUGCUCCGGGCAGUAUGCAUUCAUGGCCUACUCUGCUGGCAGCUUUGCAUUGGCUCGUCGAGAUGGGAAAGGCUCGGCUGAACUACUUGGAGAGCGAGGAUGAUCCCACAUUACAAAUUGUCGAUAGAAUUCCCGAAGAGUUCAGCGACCCUAUUCAUCAUCAGGCACUUGCAUUCGAAUACUUUUCAGAAGCCUAUGUUGCCUUUUUUCAUGGCGCAGACGUAUUCCACGAACAGGACAAAGCACUGGAAACUAGUUAUGCGAAAAAGAACGAGAGGGUGGUCGGCGACUUAGAGGAUAAGAAAGUACUACUAGCACAAGGAAUGAAGGAAUUGGACGAACUUCGAACAUCAAAGGCACCUCUGGAAAAACUCCAGAAAAUCCGGGCUUGUAUCUUGGAUGAUCGAGCCAAAUUUGACGACGUUUUGCACCGCUUAGAGUCACGAAAAAGACAGCUCACUGAAUCUGUAGUUCGCGAGAAAGCAGAACUCGCUGCUCGAUCUCAGAAUUUCGAUCAACUCAAAGCCGAGCAUGAAAAACUAACCGAGGUGGUCAAAGUUCAGAACUUGACACCAGAAGAAGUCAUUCGCAUGAACACUGACCAUGAAACGCUCGCACGCAAUCUGGAGGACCUCAAAUACAAGAUUUCUGAAGUGCGCAAGACAGUCAUGUCUCUGGAAGUCAUAACAACCAACCGUGGGGCUGCGGCAGAAGAGGCACUGGAUCUCUAUGGUAAUCUCCUGUCUGCUGUGGGCUUGUUUCCCCCACUCCCGCCACCGUUCGACAACAUCGACCUCAGGUUGGAGCUAAAUACGGCCACUGCGAAUCCUCAACAGCUAUUGCUGGGCUCCGACAUUCGCAAGAUCAUAAAACCCACACUAAGCAGUGUGGCCGAGAUCAAGAGAACAGAACGAGCAGAUAUUGAAAGCGAGCGCAUCAAGGUGGAUAACGAGCUUGAUAAGCUGACUUUAGAAUGCGAGAAUGUCGAUGAGGAGGUGCGAGAAAUUGAGAAGAAGGUGAUGAGCCUGAACGAGCAGGCAGAUGACCUUCGAGAUGCUGCUCAACAAGAGUCUAUGGUCAGCAAUGCCGAGGCUGCCCGAUUGGAGAGAGAACUUGCCCAUGCGCGCACGGCUGCUUUAUCGAGCGGUAUGGGAGUAAAAUCAAGACUCCAAGCAUUACAAUUCGACUAUCGAGAGCAAAUAGCGAAGGUCUCACGAUUGAAAGACGAGACUAUCAGAGCUAUUGCCAAGAACAGCAAUGAGAUCGGUCUCUUUAAAGAAGAAGUUUCUGCGCAAUUGCGGCGCCUCAGAGAUUUUGUUGAGGAGGGGAACUGAUCGGUACCCUGUCAGGUGGCCGCAGUAUUUGUUAUGCAUAUUCUGAUUAUAUGUUACGCUGUUCCGUAGGCGAAAUGAUGCUGACCGAGUCCAAGUGCAUGCAAGAAGUUGUGUUAUUCGCUCGCUUCCGCAUGCCCUGAUCCGACUAGCUCGGACACUUUGUUGGGAGGUUCGGUGAGCAAUCGGUGAGGCACAUCACUUGAGUUCUUCCUCAUUCGAAGCGUCCUGUUGAGUAGGUAAGAUCUAGGAGUAUUCCGAAGAUCAAAUUUAGAUUUGAUUUUCCUGGAUAUUGC